AUGGCGUCCCCAGCGUCGUAUGCCCUCCGACGGCACCAGCAGCAGCGGCGGCGGCCACUCCAGGACGACAACUGGGUCCGCUCCGACGGCCGAGGGUUCCACCAGUGCAGGCCUGCAUGUAAGUUGCGUCCACCCACCUCCUCCGCCGCCCGCCCUUACGAAGCUCGAUGAUGAUGAUGACGAUGAAGGCGAUCAGAAGUUAUUGCUUCUGCGUGUGUGAUUCUCUUGCUCCGGCGUUUAAUAUGGGUAGGGUGCUUAUUGCUUUCUCGGUGCCCUGCAGUCCUGAGGACCGGCGCGGCGAGGGCCGCUUCGGGGUCGGCAUACGCCGAGUUCGGCUCCACCAAGGUCAUCGUCUCCGUGUGAGCUCCUUGCAACCCAAACCCUUAUUCUCAGCCCCUUUCAGGAAAUGAUCAUCUCUCUCUCUCUCUCUCUCUCUCUCUCUCUCUCUCUCUCUAGAUUUGGCCCCCGAGAGAGCAAGAAGGCCAUGAAGUACAGUGGGAUCGGCCGCCUGAACUGCAACGUGAACUUCGCGACCUUCUCCACCGCGACCCGCGGGCAGGUAUUUAGGGUUUGGGUUUUUCCUCGUCUCCUCCUCCAGAUGGAGGAGGUGGGUGUCUUCAUCCUCUGCUUAUUAUCUUCGCGAUGAAUCUCGAACCAUGCUCAGGAGUCGGAUCACAAGGACUUCUCCUCGAUGCUCCACAAAGCUCUGGAGGGCGCCGUCCUCCUCGAGUCCUUCCCCAAGACCACCGUCGACGUCUUCGCCCUCGUUCUAGAAUCCGGCGGCAGUGAGUCCUCCCGCCUCCCUGCAUCACAUUCAUCCGCCAUCCUUCCCUCUGCAUCGAUCUUCCGAACCCUAGCGGGUGGGCUGGGUUGACCUGAGCUUCUCGCAGGCGAUCUUCCGGCGGUGAUAUCCUGCGCCAGCCUCGCUCUUGCGGAUGCAGGAAUAAUGAUGUACGAUCUCGUUGCUUCAGCUUCUGUGGUAUGUAACGCUUGGCCAUCCAUGCUGCGACUGCUUCCAUCUCCUGAUGAUCACCAAGCGACAAUCUUGCUUCCCCGUGUGAUUCCAUUAAUGGCAGUAAUGAUCGAGUCUGAUAGAACCUGCCUCCUGUUCAUCUGGUUCAUCUGGUUCGCCUGUUCCUGGAUUGUGCUUGUGUUUGACUUUUAGCAUCGGUGCUCCUGAUUGUUGGGAAACUACCUGCUUGUUCAAUCACCUGUUUUCAAGGUGAUUGAUCGAUCAGGCUGGGUCUCCUCCCGUUGACCUUUUUAGAGCAAGUUCAUGUGGAUUUCUUACAUCAUCCUCUGCAUAUUUUUGCUCAUUUUGAAGUCGUGCAUCGGCAACAGCCUCAUCAUUGACCCCGCCGCAGAGGAGGAAGACUGCCAGGAUGGCAGCCUCACGGUCGCUUUCAUGCCUUCUCGCCGCGAGAUCACCCAGUUGACUCUCACCGGGGAAUGGUCAACGGGCAGGAUUCAUGAGGUGGAGACCCUCUCUUUAAUGCCCAUCACUGCUGCUGUUGCCACCAGCAGUGCUAGUUCUGGUGCUAUUUAUUAUUGCCAUUUUCUCGGUCAACAGGCGACGGAGCUCUGUCUGGAUGCUUGCUCGAAGCUGGGGGAGAUCAUGCGCACUUGUCUGAAGCAGGCCGUCUCGUCGUCAACCUGA